AUGUCUAUCCGCGUUCUGCUCUGCGAAUAUCCCCAGCGGUCGAUUGCCCUGGUGACACCCUCCAACGCCCUCAUAUUCCGAAACAAUCCUCCGGGUCAUGACCCCGUAACAAAUGACUCGCACACCUCUUUCCAGUCUCUACCACGCCGAAGCUCUACAGAUAGCACCGGUCCUUCACGGUGCAUGGUGGAAUUUUUAGACCUCGCUUCAGCAAAUCUCAGCGACUUUCGAACCUUAAGUCCGUUGCCAGUCCACGGCACCCUCGGGUUAAUAACCAUCAACAACGAUAUCUUCAUCUCCGUGGUCACAAAUUGUCACAAGGUUGCUGUUGUCAGACCGGGGGAGACAGUUGAGAGGAUCCAGGGCGUAGAAUUCUACUGCUUGAAUAGCUCCGACUACGAUCAUGUAUUCAGCGACGGUCUCGAUCCAUAUUCGACAGAGAACCAGGACUAUGGCCAGAAUCUCAACCACCGAGAGUCAUUGCUGGAGCAUCCAUGUACCGAGCUGAAGAAGAUGCUUGGCAAUGGGAGCUUUUACUAUAGCACGGAUUUUGAUCUCACAAAUAGAUUACAGGAUCGAUCCGGAGAAACGUCCGCCUUCGAUAUAGAUAAUCUUGACGAGUCUUUCCUCUGGAACUCCUACAUGAUCAGCCCACUGGUCAAGUUCAGAUCUAGACUUGUUGAACAUGAAAGGCGGGCGUUGGACAACUCGAGGAUACUUACCUCUGCUAUACGAGGCUUUGUUCUCACAAUCACCAUACCUUCUUCUUCUGCGCCUUUACGAACCACACGAACCGGUCUCCCAUCGACCCUUACUCUAAUAUCACGAUUGUCAUGUCGCAGAGCUGGAACAAGAUUCAAUAGUAGAGGGAUAGAUGAUGAUGGGAACGUAGCAAAUUCCGUGGAAUCCGAGACUAUAUAUUGGAGCCCAUCUGCUGAACCAUCUGAUCCUACCACAAAUGAAAGGCCUGCAAGUGUCUGUUUCUCCUACGCGCAGAUCAGAGGCUCCGUUCCAGUCUUCUGGGAACAAGCAGCCGGUUUGAUCCCCGGCCAGCAAAAGAUCACCAUCACGCGAUCGGCUGAAGGGACUCAACCUGCCUUUGAUAAGCACUUUGGAGAGUUGGAGCAAGCCUAUGGUGCGGUGCACAUUAUAAACCUCCUUAGUGAGACCAAACCAGGCGAGGCGGAGUUAACCAACCUCUAUAGAUAUGCAACAAGACACUGUCCCCUUAAUCAGCCCGGGGAGGAAGGUGGGCAAGGUCGCGAGCUUCUGAGAGAGACGGAGUACGAUUUCCAUGCGGAAACGAAAGGGCCAAAUGGGUACGAGGCAGCUAUGAUGAUUCGUAGACUCAUUGAGCACUCAGCCGAUGGGUUCGCCUAUUACUUGUCAGAAGAUAUCGAAGACCCUGCAGAUGACUCCCUUGGAAAGGCCCAUCGAAGAACUGUUGUCCUAUUACAACAGGAGGGCGUCUUCCGAACGAACUGCCUUGAUUGUCUGGAUAGGACCAAUCUGAUCCAAACAAUCAUCUCUCAGAUGGCCGUCGAGUCUUUUCUUAGUCACCGAGGAGUAUCAGCAGCCUCCGACUUUUGGAUGCGCCAUUCGACCCUGUGGGCGGAUAACGGUGACGCCUUGUCAAGGAUUUACGCUGGAACGGGCGCACUUAAGUCUUCUUUCACAAGGCACGGGAAAAUGUCCUUGGCUGGAGCUAUCGCAGAUGCGCGAAAGAGCGCAACCCGACUAUACAUUAACAAUUUUACGGAUAAAGCGCGUCAGAAUACGAUUGAUAUGCUCCUAGGGAGGCUGGUUGGACAGGCCCCUGUUCAUCUGUUCGAUCCUAUCAAUGACUAUGUGAUGGCUGAGCUCGCAAAGCGGAGCGCGGAGUACCAGUCUUCGGAGACGAUCAACAUAUGGUGUGGGUCUUUCAACUUGAAUGGUCAGACUACGGGAAUUGAUCAAGAUUUAUCAUCUUGGCUAUGUCCUGAUGUUGGACCAUCCCAGCAACAACCAGAAAUCGUAGCUGUUGGAUUUCAAGAGAUUGUUGAGCUUAGUCCGCAACAAAUCAUGAACAGCGAUCCCACACGGAAGCAAGCUUGGGAAAGAGCCGUUAAGAAGACAUUGAACAAGCAUGCUCGAUCAGCUGGCAGUGACCACUAUGUGCUUUUGCGGAGUGGACAACUUGUUGGCGCUGCACUGUGCAUCUUCGUCAAAGCCUCAGUCCUACGGAAGAUAAAAAAUGUUGAGGGGAGUGUCAAGAAAACUGGAAUGUCUGGGAUGGCCGGAAACAAGGGCGCUGUUGCUAUUAGGAUGGAUUACGCCAACACGCAUAUCAGUUUUGUGACGGCCCAUCUAGCUGCAGGAUUCUCGAAUUACGAGGAAAGAAAUCGCGAUUAUGCUACCAUACAUCAUGGUCUAAGAUUCCAGAGAAAUCGAGGUAUUGAUAAUCACGAUACCGUCAUCUGGAUGGGCGAUUUUAAUUAUCGGAUCGGUCUCGGGCGAGAGAAAGUGAUUGAUCUCAUCAAGAUGGGAGACCUGGAGACAUUGUAUGAAAAUGAUCAACUUAACCUGCAAAUGGUAGCCGGCCUCACUUUCCCGUACUACUCGGAAUCGAGGAUUACAUUCUCUCCGACCUAUAAAUACGAUCUCGGAACUGAUAACUUCGACUCCUCGGAGAAGGCUCGUAUACCGGCUUGGACUGACCGUAUCCUCCGCAAAGGCACCAAUCUCCGCCAGAUAAACUACAAUACGGCACCUCUUCGAUUUUCAGAUCAUCGGCCAGUAUAUGCUACGUUCCAAUGCACUGUAAGCAUAAUUGACGAAGAUCUCCGCGAAUCUCUCAGCCGGGAGAUAUAUGAGAGGCGACGCAUUGGGCUAGGAAACCCAGGUCUGAAUAGUGGCAGCGAUGAUAGUAGCGAUGAUGAUCUUAUUGAUUACGACCCAAUAGAGCCGGGUUUACCACCCGCAAGCUCGGACCGACGAAAGUGGUGGCUGGAUAAUGGACAGCCUGCAAGAUCUACUAUCAGCCCACCACAGCCAGGCUUUGUACCGAAUCCUAAUCGGCCUUCAAAUCCUUUUACUCCCACUGAUGAACCGGACUGGGUAACUGUCCCUCGAGCACAAGCCUCUCAAAAUAAGAUUAAUACGACAUUUGCACCACCUCCACCAAAUCCUCGUCCUUCUACAAACGGAACACGAAUUCUCCCACCUCCUUUCAAUCCGGCAACGCAAUCAAUACAAGCUUUAACUCGUAACCUCUCACAGUCUUCUAUAAAAAGCCAUUCUCCUUCCAAUACUGACCGCCGCCGAUCAACCUCUACAACUAACUCAUCCUCAAAAAAGGCACCACCACCAGUAGCUCGUAAACCUGUCCAUCUCACCUCCACGCCAUCCCCCAACGCCUCCCCAAUAAUUCCCCGCUCAUCACAGCCUCCGCCACAACCACCGCGGCCCACAGCGGGUGUUAAUACAGGCUUUCCUCCGCCCCCAAGACGAGCAACUACCGCGGCUUCGACCAGGAAAGAUAACAGUACUCCUCCUCCGCCUCCCUCACAACCUAGAAGACCUAAAGCCGCUCCAACGAGGGGAUUGGAGGAUGACGAUGAAAGUGAAAAACCUGGUUUGCCGCCUAGAAGACCCACUGAUUUGCUGGCUGGUGAUGGUGAGGAACUCGGGCUUAGUGGAUGGGUGGCUUUGAAGCCAAAUUGA